AUGUCUUCCGUCGACCUCUGGUUUGAAACCGGUUUGAAGCUUGUUGUUCCAUAUCAUAUGGUUACUGCAAAUCCAAUAGGCUCCAUCUCUUACUCUCCAAUGAUUAUCUUUGGAGUUGUGCAUAACCUUCCUCAUCCGCCUGGAGCCGCCAGACCCUCCGAAUCCACCAGAUCUAUCAGCUGUAGCUUCAUCUUAGCCUCCAUCUACGCUCUCUCACGAAGCCUUGCCGACUUGCUUGCCAUUAAAGUACAUCUGGUGCUCCUGGUCCCUAGCCUUGUUUCAUCCAGCCAGCCAUCGUGGUGA